GUUUGAAAAAGCCUGCCUUACUCAAUAUUCUGCUUUUCAGCAAUUGCCAGCAGCAUUUUUACGGCCCAUUUUAGGAAAGAAAAAGGCAAUCGAAACUUCUGGCGCCUUUCACACAUGAGUCACGAUGGUUUCUCUUUUAAGAGCGUACGCGCGACUUCGAAACAGAACUAGCAUUCGUAUAUACUCGAAGCGUAUCCUACGUGUCGAAAUUUUCAAUAUUGCAACAGCUCCGAAAGAACCUUUCAAGCUACGAUUGAAGUUUCUAACAUCAGCAUUUUCUAAGAGACUUUUAUGUUAUACGAGCCGAGAGAAUGGAUGGUCGGACAGCUUCGACUUCGAGCAAUAAUCGACAGAUCAAUAAUGGCGAACAAGCUUGUGCAAGCUCCAAUGCACCGGAAGCAUCAGUACUAUACGAAGAAAACAAUAAUGAGGAAAAACGAAAUCAGGUCAGACAGCAAAAAGGGCGACCGCAUGCGCUUUCGCACGCUUCCGGUGAAAGGUGGAUGGCGAGGAAUAGAUGCGAGGUAAGAACGUCGCGUGCAACACGUCAAUUGAGCCAAGGAAAUGUUAAUCCCUACUAUCAUCAUCACGCAGCCGCACACCUCUCAAAGAUUCAUGACCAACCGAAUGUGUCAGAACGGGAAGAAACACAAAAGCCUACCGAACGUGUAAAGAUUACAAACAACAUUAAUCAGCAUCAACCAGUUAUUGGACAACAAUAUGUUCAUCAGGGACCUGUAAAUAUAUACACAGUUGAACCUGCUCCUCCGGGAAUGGAACCAGCAGAAUCCAGAGAACACGAUGACGAAACAAAGGACUCUGUGACUGCGGCGAAUGAGAAAUAUUUACAAAGACUAGCAGACGAUUACAAAGAGUCUGUUAAUAAAGCAACCCGGGAACACAUUCGAAAAAUCUUACAAGCUGAUCACAUGUUCGGGGAUACAGAGUUCAUAUUAAUAGACUUGGGUAAAGCAAAACAAUCCCGGGGAAGUGUUCAUUACAAUUUUGAGACUGCUCUUGGAUUAGACGAACUGUUAGAAUUACAGAGUAGUAACCACAACCGCACCAUAAUAGUCGGUGGUGCUGGACAAGGAAAAACCAUAUCUGCUUUGCGAUACGCUGACCUUGUGCUUAACAAAAGGUGAAAGGCUUGAACAAUG